AUGCCGUCUUUUCGGGCUUUGUUUCGAUUGAAGCAGCGGGCUAAAUCCACUCCACCUGCUACUCGCCAUACCUGGCAUGGACUACGUCGCUCACAGUCCGCUGCUGCUCCCUUGACCCAAGAGCCACAGCCAACUGCGAUCAGUGAAGGAAUUAGAACACCGAUAGAGGAAGAAGGCGUCAAUGAUUUAGCAAGUUACCAAGAUACGGAUGACCAACGCGAUGAUUCUAGUCACGAACCAUUGGAAAGACAGUCUCCCAGCGUACCCACGAGCGUACCCACACGCGAGAGCAAUGAUGGCAGCGAUCGUUCUCGAUCCGAAUUUCAGCGUCGAUAUCAGCGCGAAUCCCAGGGCGGAUCUGGACGCUUGAAGGGCCUCAUCUCCCGGCUUCGUCUGGGCAGAUCCCAGGAUCGAAGCUCUGCAUCAGAAUCGGCUCAGCCUACGAUUCCGCUACCGCAAAAUGGUGCCGUGGACCCGAUGACAACAGACCCAGUCAAAAAAGCUCUUCAUCCGCAACAUCCAUCUACUGUCGAGGGUGAAGUUCUGGAGCAGCGCAAUGUUAGCGCCCAGACCGUGCUUUCUCAGGAAUCGAACCAAACCACCGCCACGGUGAAUCGGCACCCAUCUCAGCGCAUUCCCGUACCUAUCAAGGAACUAGAAGAUAAUGUGUUCUGGUCGAGCUUGUUGGACUUUGACAAAGAUAAUACUCAUGUUCCCGAAGCAUCGGAUCCUUUCUCUGACGGGAAGAACAUCGAAUCGCGGCAUCAGCCCGGAGCGUCAUCCCGGUACAGUGAUCGCAGCCAGAUACAAUCUCAGUCCUCUGCCCGUUCUCGCGUCGAGAUUGAAAGACAAUCCUCUUCUAAGUCUCACACCAGUCACCAUUCUGUUCUCAAUGCCACCCGAGUCGGCUCUGGUAGCAGUCAAGGGAGUCGAGGCAGUAGACUGAGCCGUGUAGACCCAUCCCAAGCGGCAAUGAGAUUCGACGUGCUCGCUGCUCAGUUGAACUUGGCCAUUUCGAUCCAGGGAGAUGAACCUGCCAUUCCUCAAUCUGAAGAGAAAAAGCCGGAGGAAACUAGGCGGCGAACUCGAUUCGGCCGUAUGCGCCCAACGCAAUCGAAUCAGACCCUGGGAGAAGUAUUUUACCCGAUCUCGAAGCUGCGACGAACUAAAACAUUUGCCAAUCUGAGUCGCCGACCGAGUCCAAUGAGCUCUCUACGAGGAAAAUCGGUUGAAUUCAUUGCACGGCUUGGAGGACACAGCUACCUGAUCUUGCCCUCCAACCUAGCGCCUGCACCCUUGAAACUGCCGGCAUGCAUCGUGGCGAUGGUGGUAUACUUGCGGGCGUCUGGCCCCCAUUCGACCGAGCUUUUCAUCGAACCGGGCGACAUGAAGGCCGCCACACGCCUGUACGACCACUUUGCGAAUCAGGUCUUGCUUGCGGAGCGAGAUGCAGACAAGAUCGCGUUAACAACACGGGUAGUUGCUCUUCCGCAUGUCGAGACCGAGUCCAAUGCAGCAGCCGUGCUCAGCGUCGGGUGGGUCUUCAAGGAAAUACUGGCGGGGUUCCCUGGUGGGAUUCUUGGUUCUGUCCGUCUCUUUCAGGUUCUAUAUAGCAUUUACCUAGCCGGCCCUGCGAGUACAGGCUGCAUCCAGCUAAUCGCAUUGGCGAUUAUGGCAUUGACCGGGGAGAUGCAAUGUGCCCUGAUCUGUGCAGUGUUUGGGCUACUCACCAGCCUCCUGCAGAAGACGGAGAAUAUGGAAGAAGAACCAAUCACUCAUCCCGGGGACUUGGUCCGGUCAGUGGCAACCCCUCUCCAGCCCGAUGGAUUGGUGCGGGUGUUUGGACCGCUACUGAUCGGUGGUUUGGAUCGUGAUCGCGCGGCGCAACGCUCGGUGGAACAGGAGAUUGAGGAGCAACGGGUAGUGGGGCUGUUGAUCGCUCAGUGGCGUGGUGUUAGUCGCCAGCUUCGAGAAUGGAAAGGUGAUUCGCGGACUGGAAAGCGAGAGUAG